CGGCAGCUGCUGGCAGCUCGGACGCGUCUGCUCCGCUUCCCCCGCCGCCGCGGCAGUUUCGCCCCUCGCUUCCCCAGCGACCCCCCCUCCCCGCUCGCUUUUACUGCGGCCGGUUCCCAGCGCGGCUCCGCACCGGCGGAGCUUUUCCCUCUGCGUGCCCGCAGCGCCGGGGCAGGAAAGCGCCCGGCCGGGAAACGCGCUGACAGCAGCAACAAGGCAGCGGUCGUGUCCCGUUCUGCCCUUAUGCCUUCAGCUGCAGGAACAUAUGCUCAAAUAUGUACGAGCAGUCUAGAUUUUUCUCGGCAAAUAUUUUUACCACAUCCAAAGAUAAUAUUUCAACAGAAGAAUCAAGCCCCGCAGGCUACAGACGGGGCAGCUAUAUAUAACCCGCUUGCUCACUCCGGCUCUCCGCGCACCGGCCGGGUUAUGCAACCCCCAGCGCGGCGGUAGCCACCGGCGCGCCCCACGGCUCCGCCCGCCCCGUCGGGGCCUUUCCCGGGACCGCGCCGCUGCCGCCCGUCCGCAGGCGCCGGGGCCGGGGCCGGCGGGGCGGCCGCGCCACCUCGGCCCGUGCCGAUGCGGAGGAAGGGCCCGGGCGACGCCGCGGCGCUCCGAGGGGCCGGAGCCGGCCGUCGCCGCCGCCGCCGAGCGAGCAGGGAAGGACGCGCUGGAGGAGCGCCGCGGCGGCCGCUGCAAGCCCGCCCGCGCCGGCCCCCGCCCGCAGAAGAUGCACUUCAGCACCGUCACCAGGGACAUGGAAGCUAUCUCCAGCCCCUGGCUCACCCAGCUGUCCCAUUUUUGCGAUGUUGCAGCUUUCACGGCCAACAGCCUGAGCAGCCUGAACGCCUCCGGGGGGUACCACCUCUCCCCCUCCCCGGGGGACCCCUACGGGCAGCAUGAGCCGCCGCACUACGAGCCCUGCACGGCGCAGCAGCACCCGCCGCCGCCGCAGCACGGCUACCCCUUCGCGGGGGCCGCGGCCAACCCGCCCCCCCCCGGCGCGGAGCCGCCCGAGGGCACCGCCGCCGCCUCCGGCUGCUCGGCGGGGCCGGCGGCCGCCAAGGCGCCCGUGAAGAAGAACCCCAAGGUGGCCAACGUGAGCGUGCAGCUGGAGAUGAAGGCGCUGUGGGACGAGUUCAACCAGCUGGGCACCGAGAUGAUCGUCACCAAGGCCGGCAGGCGCAUGUUCCCCACCUUCCAGGUGAAGAUCUUCGGCAUGGACCCCAUGGCUGACUACAUGCUCCUCAUGGACUUCGUCCCCGUGGACGACAAGCGCUACCGGUACGCCUUCCACAGCUCCUCCUGGCUGGUGGCGGGCAAGGCCGACCCGGCCACCCCGGGCCGGGUGCACUACCACCCGGACUCCCCGGCCAAGGGGGCGCAGUGGAUGAAGCAGAUCGUGUCCUUCGACAAGCUCAAGCUGACCAACAACUUGCUGGAUGACAACGGGCACAUCAUUUUGAACUCCAUGCACAGAUACCAGCCGCGCUUUCACGUGGUCUACGUGGACCCCCGGAAAGACAGCGAGAAAUACGCCGAGGAAAACUUCAAAACCUUCGUCUUCGAGGAGACGCGCUUCACGGCCGUGACCGCCUACCAGAACCACCGGAUCACGCAGCUCAAGAUCGCCAGCAACCCUUUCGCCAAGGGAUUCAGAGACUGCGACCCUGAGGACUGGCCCAGGAACCACAGGCCGGGCGCCCUCCCUCUCAUGAGCGCUUUUGCCAGAUCCCGGAAUCCGGUGUCUUCCCCCGCGCACCAGAACGGGACGGAGAAAGAUGCUGCCGAGAGCCGGCGGGACUACGAGCGGGAGGCGGCGGGCGGGACGCCGCUGCACGCCGACGCCGCGCACCAGCAGCUCAUGUCGCGCGUGCUCAGCCCGGCGCUGCCCGGCGGCGGCGGCGGCCUCGUGCCGCUCGGCGGCGGCGGCGGCGGCCGGCCCAGCCCCCCCCACCACGAACUGCGCCUGGAGCCCGCCGCCUCGGAGCCGCUCCACCACCACCCCUACAAGUACCCGCCGGCCGCCGCCGCCUACGACCACUACCUGGGGGCCAAGAGCCGGCCCGCCCCCUACCCGCUCCCCGGCAUCCGCGGCCACAGCUACCACCACCACCACCACCACCAUCACCACAUGAACGCGGCGGCCGCGGCGGCGGCGGCCGCCGCCAACAUGUACUCGUCGGCCGGCGCCCCCGCCAACUACGACUACGGGCCCAGAUAACGCCGCCGCCCCGGCCCGGCCCGAGACUGGCGGCGCCGCGACCGUUGCCGCGACCGUUACCGCCCUCCCCCCUUCCCGCCUUUCCCUCUCUUCCCGCCUCGCGAACGAGCUGAUAGGCCAGCUUGACUUGAUCGACAAUCGGAGAGCCCAAUCGCAGGAAGCCGGGGGCCGCCGCCCCGCCCCCCACCGCCGCGGCGGGCUGUGAGGGUGGGGGGCGGCUGCGUGCCUGGGGCCGGCGGGGCUGCGCGGGGCGCUCGUCGUCGCUGCGUGACCCGCAGCUGCACUUUGAUAAAAGAAGCCAUAUGUCGUUAUCUGCCUUCUCCCUACCCCGCACUGCUGUGUUCCCGUGGAUACCCCAUCCCACCUCCGCGGUGUGCCGGUGAGGGCCCCUGGGAAGCGGGUGGGAUAGAGCCGUUAGCGCCGAGGUCGGAGCAGUGGCAGUGUGGGGUGAAUGGCCGGAGCCAAACGCAGGCUCUGGUAUUGCCGAUUACCCGCCCGGGCCGUCUCCACCCACCCACCUGGCCCCGUGGUGGAAACGUGGUGGUGCCACCGCUUUGGGCAGUGCCAGGAGUUUUCCCAGCCGUGGACCCCGGGGCUGGAGCGUAAUUCAGCGUGUGUUGAUAUAAGUGUGUCCUUUACCUUGGCCUCGUUCACAACUGACUCGGUUCUUCUAGGAUACUGUCAAGGGAAGCAGUUUAACUUAAGGGAACACUUUGGAUCUCCGCAGGCAGCACUAUAAGAAAUAUAAUCCAUGCCGGUCUCUCCCGUUGCUGACCUGUUCAUGAGUUUUAGGGUUCAUGGGGGCAGCUUAACCACAAAAGCAUUUUUUUUUUGAGCUGUUGAGCAUGUGUCCAAAGGCACAGCCAUCUACAGCUGCUUCUUUUCAUCUAAAAACUAGCCUGGGAGUGGAGGGAAUACCCCCAAAGUUUAGACUGUAUAUUCUCAGCAAUAGCUUGUAAAGGGGCUGCUCCUGAGGCAGCCCCACAGUACUGCCUUCCCAGAUCCCUCCCUGGGCUCCUGGUGCUCUCCCGCUGAGAGGUGCCUUUCAGAGGAACUUCAGGGUUUUUUCCCACAAUGCCUCACCCCUUAUAUUUGGUUGACCCGAACUGCAGUAGUCCUAAAGCACCUAUUCUGCAUCUACCUGCUUGCUGCAUCUUUCCUCUUAAAGCUGGUAAGUAUUUUUUUUUCUUCUUCAGUAGCCUUUCCUUAUUGUUGAAAAGAUGGGCCUGUUCAUCACAAUUUCUCCAGCGAUGUGUUUUGAAUAUUUGGCUUGUGUUUUUUGUCAAAUGCGUCAUCAAAUGUCAGUCUUUUUGUCUCGUUCAGAGAAGGUAUUGGGCAGCUCCUCAGCUGUGUUGGUAUACAGUAUUAUAAACACUUCUGUUUCUUCCAUGUGAUUCUAUGAAAAAAAGUGUUUUUUUAAGUUCUCUAUUCAUCCGUGCUUGUGCGUCUUUACUACAAACUCUGCAAUGAUUUGCUGAUGCCUUUUAAAACAAUCCUUCCCUUAUUCAGGUGGCAGUGUUAGUAGUGAUGUUUAUUCAUUCUCUGGCAGCGGGCUUUGGGCUUCCAAAACUCUUUGGAAGGGUUAAGGAGGGAUUGCAGGCUAACGUGAAUAUUUUCUGUAUUUUUUUUCUGUUAUAAAAAAUAUAUCUGGAUCCAUGGAAAAGACUUGUGCAAGAAAUAUGUAUUUUAUUUGACAUUUGCAGUGAAUUGUGAAAUUCUUAGUGUCUGACUAAACCAUAAUUAAUGUUCUCAGAAAGGUUGAUGUAAAAUAGCCUUGUGCUUGUUAUUAAUCAGUGGGAAAUGGCUCUCUGAUGUGCUCUGUUGCUUUGCCGCUGUUAUUUCAGAGUUUUGAUUUGUUAUCUGUAAACUGGUUAGUGCCAAAGCUUUGGUCAAACGUUUAAUGAAGUUGUUAUAUUUAUUAUUUCUUUCAAAGAUUAUACAAACCUUUUUUUUUCCUUGAUAGUUGCAGUGUAGGAAAAAAGUCCUGACAACCAAAGAAUCAUAUCUGCAAACAAUGUAGAUACUUGUAGAUAUUUGUAGAUAUGUGUAGAUAAUCUUACUACAUUUAAAUUGAAAAGACAUUGGACAGUGACAUUUAUAAAUGCUUUUCCUCUCCUUUC